AUGAAAAAUAUAUUUAGAAGAUCUGUACAAAUUUUUCAUAAAGAUAAAAAGGAAGGUGAUAAACAAGAUUAUACAGGUAGUAGUGGUAGUAGUGGUAAUAGUGGAACAGAUAGGUCACCAACAUCAAGUUUAUCAAAAAAAGAUAAAAAACAUAGUAAACAUCAUCAAAAUGAAUCAUAUAGUGGAGAUAAUUCACCAACUCUAUCACGUAAUCAUCAUGACGAAAUAGGGCACCUUCAAUAUACAGCCAAUCAUCAUAUAGCAACUAGUCAUCAUAGUCAUAGUCAUAACCAUAAUCAUAAUCACAAUCAUCAAUUAACACAACCAAUUCAACAACAACAACAAACACAACAUGUAAAUUUAGCAUCAAACAAUUAUUAUAUAAGACAUAUUUAUACAAACAAUCAAUAUGAUGAAACAACACAAAUCGUUAUGAAUAAUGGUAUACCAUUUAUAUAUAAUCCAAAUGCACGUAAAAUAUUUGGAGUACCAUUGACUCAGGUACCAUGUAGAGCGGGUUCAAAUGUACCAAUAAUCAUCGAAAAACUCAUUGAUCAUAUAGAGAGAACAUCAUUGAAUUCCGAGGGUUUAUUUCGUAUACCCGGUGUGGAUUUAACAAUCAAUCAAUAUAUAAAACUAUUCGAUAAUGGUGAAGAUGUUGAUGUCUCUCCCAUAGAACCCUAUACAGCUGCAGGUCUAUUGAAAAGAUUCUUUAGAGAUUUACCUGUAUUCGUACCACAAUCAAUCAAUAAACGUGUGGUAUCAUUAUUCAUUGAUGAAGAAGGCAAAAAGAAACCUGUCGAUAUGGAAAUACUUAGCAAUUUACGUGUAUUGGUGCAUCAAUUACCAACUGUACAUUUUGAAGUAAUGCAAGAAUUAACAAAUCUCUUAGGUAAACUUAUGAGUAGAUCCGAUCAAAAUAAAAUGACAAUUUCAAAUAUUGCCAUUUGUUUAGUACCAACCCUAAAUUGUGUACCUGCAAUCGUUACCUAUUCAAUUCAAAUGCACGAUUUCUUUUAUAAUGAAGUUUUUCCACAACAUCAUCUUUACUAUAUGAGACCAUAUGAAGAGAAAUUAGUAGAGUCUGCUCCAACUCAACCAAUCAAUAUUAUGACAACAAGUGGUGGUGAGAAAAGAUAUUCAAGUAGACCUGCUUCUAUUACUAUCUCUGGUUUAUUACCCUCAAAUGGUCAAAAUAAUAGUCCUUCCUCUUCAACUAUCACUUCAACUACAAUCACAUCUCCACAUGAUUCUACUGCUCCAAUUACUUUUACUGUUACUACUACUUUUUCACCUGAACAACAACAACAAAUGUUACAACAGCAGCAACAACAACAACAGCAACAAGAAAAACAAUCAUCAUCAUCUUUAUCACAAUCACAACAAUCAAUUCAACCAAUUAGUGAUACAAACUCUACAAAAUCUGAUCGUAGAACCUUUAGAGUUGAUCCAAAUUUGGAUUUAACUCAAUACAUAGAAGAUACUCAAUAUAAUGUCAAUAGAAAUUAUCUUUAUAAUGGUGGACCAAGUGGUACUACUGGUACAACUCCAAAUGGUGGUUCUCUUAGUAUUGGUGGUGGUAAUGGUGGUAAUGGUGGUAGUUCUCUUAGUGUUGGCAGUGGUGGUGGUAAUGGAGGUAGUUCUCUUAGCGUUGGUAGUAAUACAAGUGUUGGCGUUGGUGGUGGUGGUGGUGGUAAUAAUACAACUGAUCAAUCUAAAAUCUAUAGAAGAAGUGUUGCAUAUACAAACAAUGAAGAUACAAAAGCUGCAAUUCAACAAAUUAAAGAAAAGAUUGAUAGAUAUUCAAAGGAAAAGAAAACAAGAGAAGAGAAAGAGAGAGAGAAACUAUUACGUUAUUCAAUCGAUUUAGAAAGAUACAAAGAUAGAACCAUCAAUAAUAAACAAGAGAAGAGAGCAAGUAGAGAUAUUAAUAAAGAGAUUGAAAGAGAGAUUGAAAAGAAGAGAUUAUCACCAAGAGAAAGAUUAAAUUUAUUUGGUCUUUCUUCCUCAUCUUCAUCAGUGAAUUCAACAUUAACAAGAUCUACAGCAAAUAUUAUCUCUACAAUAGACGGUAGUGGAGGUAGUAAUCGUAAUAGUAAAAAUUAUGGUAAUGGCUCAUCCUCCUCCUCAAAUAGAAGAUAUAGUAAUACUAUUAAUCAACAAUUACAAAUGCAAUUACAACAACUUCAAAUCCAACAACAACAAUAUCAACAAACUCAACAAUCUCAAAUACCAUUACAAUAUCAACAACAACAACAGCAACAACAACAACAAACCACUACAACUACAACUACAUCAAGUGGUAGUAAUAGAUUCUCUUCAAAUAGAUAUAAACCAGUUGAUCUUACACAAUCAUCUUCAAACUUUCGUUAUUCACGUGAAAUUUAUGAUGAUGAUUAUUAUUCAAAUAAUAAUUUAAUGAUGUUUGGUAAUGAGCAACCAAAUCAAACACCAAUUUCUGUAUCAUCUUCAUCUGCAUUCACACGUCAAAGAUCUCAAAGUUGCUUUGAACCAGAGAAUCUUGUAUUGCUACAACAACAAUAUCAACAAUAUCAACAACAACAACAACAACAACAACAAAUUCCAUUCCAAGCAAAUCCACAAUAUAGUAAUGCUGUUAUUGAACAAAAAUUGGAUCAAAUUAGAGAUACCAUUAAUAAUUUACAUAGAGAUAACCGAGUCUCUAGAGAUUAUACUCAUUAUCUUAGAGAGGUUGAAGACUUAAGAUCAUCACUUCAAAAAGAAACCGUUGUCUCAAAUGAAUUCAUCAAAAAUAUUGAAUUGGAAGAUAAAUUACGUAGAGAGGAAGAAAAGAAUCAAAGAUUAAUUGAAGAGAUUCAUUUACUUGAAACCUAUUUCAUCUUAAAAGAAAAAUCAAAAGCAAAACGUUUAUCAACCACUAAAGAUCUUUUAACUAGAUCAAGAUCACCAACUUUACCAAGUUCUAUUAAUAUGUCAACCUCAUCUUUAGGUAGUUCUUCAAGUUCUGCUUAUAACAAUAAUAAUAAUAAUAAUAAUGUACCAAAAUAA